UUAAGCAAGGCAACAUCAGACAUGUCCGUCUCGCGGGAGAGGAAAGCGUGUCAAUUAUUAGUGCUUCAAUUUUUUAGCGUUUACAACUGGACAAAUGGCACUUGUGUUGAGCUAGCCGCACGAAAUUGAUCUACAGCGUUGAGGAAAAGAAAAUGAGUUUCUCUGUGAAGAAGACCGGCGGCAGAAUGUGGCACGAGGCACGCAAGCAGGAAAAGAAAAUCCGCGGUAUGCUGGUCGAUUAUCGUCGCAGAGCGGAACGUAGAAGGGACUACUACGAGAAAAUCAAAUCAGAUCCUACUCAAUUUCUGCAGCUGCAUGGUAGACCAUGCAAGAUACACUUGGAUCCAGCAAUAGCUGCUGCAGGUGACAGUCCUGCAAAUAUGAUGCCAUGGCAAGGCAAUGAUGACAAUCUUAUAGACCGAUUUGAUGUACGGGCACAUCUGGAUUGGAUACCAGAGCCUGUGGAUACUAUUGAUGUUGAUAUUGCUCUGACAAGUGAAGACAGACAUAUCAACUAUGAACGAUACCGUAUAAUUGUGCAAAAUGAGUUUUUAGGCGUGACUGAAGAAAAGUUUCUUCAUCAAAUACAUUUAGAAGAACAGUUUGGUUCAUCAACAAAGUUGGAUGCUGCGAAAGAUAAGAAGAAAUCUGCUAAUAACGCUGCCAUCGGAUAUAAUUAUGAAACAGAAGAGCCAAUACCUGAACCAGUAAAAACAAUAGACUCAGUUAUAUCAGAGGAGAAGGGAGAUGAUGAAGACAGCGAUAUAGAUUUAGAUAUAUGCGUGGAUGUAUCUCAAAUAGAACCAUCUCAGGCACAUGAGAUGAAUUUAGUAGCUCAAAAAUAUGGACUUUUAGGUGCUGAUUAUUUUAGCUUUUUAACACAAGAUUUUGAAGAAGCUGAAACCUUGCGACAGGCUCGCAAGCAAGAGGAAGAAAAAGCUAUGUACUCGGGUCGACGAUCGCGUAGAGAAAGACGUGCAUUCAGAGAAAAGAAGAUGAUAGGCCGUGUUAUGAGUCCGCCUAGUUAUGCAGCUAGGGAAAGCCCGGAGUAUAAUCCUUACAGAAAGUCCUCUUCCAAGUCGCGAUCGCGGUCCGCAUCACCUGUAAAUGCGGGACAGAUUACUUACAUCACAAGUUUCGGUGGGGAAGAAGAAACUCAUGGUAGCACAUCACAUGUGUCUUCGUCGAAUUCAAGAAAAGUCAAUUAUUCGUAUCUCAGACGGCGGAGAUCGGAUAGUCCUGCUUUCAAUGAUAGAACUGUUAGUAAAAAAAUUUCCAAGUCCAGGUCAAGAAGCUGCUCGCGUUCCGUUAGUAGGACUAAGUCGUAUAGGACACGUGAUAGGAAGCGAAGCGGAUCUAGGAUGAGAUCUAGACGAACACGCUCGAGACCUCGGAAGUAUACAAGAUCCCGUACAAGAAGUCGCUCCAGACGAUCACGAACGCGAAGUAAAUCACGGUCGCGUUGUAGAAGUAUCAGCCGAUCUCGAUCCCGUUCACUUUCUCGUUCGAGGUCUAGAUCACGCUCGCAUUUGAAAAGAUCGAGGAGUUCAUCCUCUAGCAGCAUAUCAAAAUCAAGAUCGAGAUCUAAAUCGCGUAACAGGAGCCAUUCUAGAGACAGCUAUCGAAAAAGACGUUAUUCAUUGUCGAAGUCAAGAUCCAAGUCUCGCUCGAGAUCGAAGUCUCCAUCAAGAUCUAGAUCGAGAUCGAGAAGUCAAUCUAGUUGUAAACGAUCGCGAAGUGAUGAUAAUAAAAUGCCAGCACUGCCUAGAUAUUAUGGCCGACGUGGAAAAUCGUCAAGUCUUGAACUAGAAUUAUCCGAUAACGAAGAAAAGUCCAGUCCAGCAGCACCGAAGACACCGAUAAAUACAAGCGUGAACAAGCCAAAAGCAGGGUUAAGUACAAAUUCUGGUGGCGGACACAAAUCGUUGAAAAUUACACCUCAGGAGCGGCUUAAGAAGAAAAUGCAAGUCCUGUUAAACAGGCAGUAUAAAGCUGACAAGAAAGCUGAGCAGUUGAGAAUCGAGAAGAUGGAGCAGCAGAGACAGGAUCGAGAAGACGAGAUUCGAGAAAUGUCUUUAAAACUCCGUAGAAAACAGAGAGAACGAAGACAUCGUUACGAAGGUCAUAGUUCCGACACGCGGUCUUCUAUGUCUCGUACACCAAGUCCGAGUCGUAGUCCAAGGCAUCAUACCGUACGUCGCGAUAGGCGAGACACGGAUGGUGAUCGCGAGCGGGAUAGGGACAGGGACAGGGAGAGAGAUCGACGCGAUGAUCGCGAUCGGAGUAGAACAGAAUCGCGUAGGAGAUACAGAAAUUCACCACUUCGUUCAUUGAGUCCGAGGAACAAUCGAGGCCUAGUCGACUAUUGACUUCAGGACACACGCUUACUCUUCCAUCCAAAUGAUUUGAAACCGAUAUUUUGAAUAUUUCCCGUUCAAUUGCAUUCCUUCCUUAAAUUACUGUUAAUAUCCAAAAGAAUUACAUGAUGAGGGAAAAGUAUACAGACCUGCCAAGAUUGUUUUAAAAUGCGUCUUGAAUUAUAUAUAGUGUGAUUUAAUCUUUACAAUAUUAUCAAAUAAAUAAAGGUAUUCGUAUAUUAUCGUUUUGCUUGCACAGAUUAAUUCUUGGUGCUUAUGUAAGAAUUAGAAAAAUUGCGAUGAGAAUAGUUAAUAAUGUUAUCGCGAGGAUCAUGUCUACGAUUUUCAUUUCAUACGCAAGAAGGAUAAGAAUAUAAUUCUUAUAUCCUAGAAUUGAAUGCACUCUUUUUAUUAUGUAUCUCUCUUGUUAAAUAUAAUUCUUCAAUAAUAAAGAUGUUUAUUUCACAGCA